AUGGCCGAGACAGUACGCGUCGUGUGUCGAUGUCGGCCGCUCAACGACCGCGAGAAGGCCCUCAACUCUAAGGUAUGUGUAGACAUGGAGGGCCAGACCGGCCGAGUGAGCCUGAUAGCUGACGACUCACCAAAUAAGGAUUUCACUUUCGACGGCGCGUACUUCAUCGACAGUACCGGGGAGCAGAUCUACAAUGAGAUCGUGUAUCCGCUCGUCGAGAGCGUCAUCGAGGGCUACAACGGAACCGUGUUCGCCUACGGCCAGACGGGCGCCGGGAAGACGUUCUCCAUGCAGGGUCUCGCCGACGUGGCCCCUCAAAAAGGCAUCAUCCCCAGGGCGUUCGAGCACAUCUUCGUCGCCACCGCCACGACACCAUCUACAAAGUUUUUAGUGCACUGUAGUUAUCUGGAGAUUUACAACGAGGAGGUUCGAGAUCUUCUUGGUGACGUCAGGGAGCAGAAGCUGGACAUAAAGGAACACUCCGAUCGAGGCGUCUACGUUGCCGGCCUGUCGAUGCACGUCUGCCACAACGUCAAGGACUGCCAACAGUUGAUGAACAAGGGCUUCUCUAACCGUCAUGUCGGCGCAACGUUGAUGAACAAGGACUCAUCGAGGUCACACUCGAUCUUCACUGUCUACGUCGAGGCCCUAAAUGAGGAAGGGUCUAUCCGGAUGGGAAAGCUGCAUCUCGUGGAUCUGGCUGGCAGUGAGCGGCAGAGCAAGACGGGAGCCACUGGAGAUCGAUUUAAAGAAGCGACAAAGAUUAACUUGUCGCUCUCGGCCUUGGGUAACGUCAUCUCGGCAUUGGUAGAUGGGAAAAGUCGGCAUAUUCCGUACAGGGACUCGAAGCUCACGAGAUUAUUACAGGACUCCCUCGGAGGCAACACCAAGACAUUGAUGAUAGCGUGUAUCUCGCCUUCUGAUAACAAUUUCGACGAAACCCUAUCUACCCUCAGGUAUGCAAAUCGAGCGAAGAAUAUCAAGAACAAGCCCAAGAUCAACGAGGAUCCGAAAGAUGCGUUGCUUCGGGAGUACCAACUCGAGAUCGAGCGGCUGAAGUCGAUGCUCACUGGAGGGGCAGCUGCACCAGGGCAGAAAGGCGGCUUCGACGUCGAGGCCGAGCGCCGGAACCUGCGCGCCGAGUUCGAAGAAGCAAUGAACGAGCUGCGGGUAGCUUACCAAAGCGAGCAGUUGAGCAAGCAGAAAGUGGAGGAGGACCUGCAGGAGUUGAAGCGGCAGUAUGAAGCGGCAAGCGCCGAGAUUGAUGCGAUGAGCAAGGCUGGUCUUGAUCCUCAGGAGGCAAAGAAGCGAUUGGAGCUGAUCCAGCAGCAACUUGUCGGUGGCGAACAGGCGAACAAUGAGGACUUGAAGAAGGGCAGGAUGAAAAAGCUGAAGGAUGCUGAGAGCAAAACGCAACGAUUGGCAGCCGCUCUAAACGUGCACAAAGACGACCCACUCCUACACGUCUACAGCACAACGCAGGAGAAGCUCGACGCUGUUAGCAGUCAAUAUCAGAAAGAGCAACGAAAGGUAAAAGCUCUCGAAAGUGAGAUCGAAGACCUUCAAGGAGAGUUUGAGCUCGACCGACUAGAUUACUUGGAAACGAUCAGAAAACAGGACCAGCAAAUCAAGCUCUUCGCCCAGAUGCUCGACAAGAUACAUCCGCUGAUAAAGAAGGACUGCAACUAUCACAACCUGGAGAAGAUCAAGAAGGAGGCGAUGUGGAACCCUGAUGAGGGAAAAUGGGCCCUUCCUGAAAUGUCCAUCUCGAAGACGACAUUUCCAAACGCGGGUAAUGGAGCCGUUCGUAGCGAGCCGGUAUCGAGGGCGGUUACGGACUACCAUGACGAGGAUGAGAGCAAAUUGAGAAAGAGACUUGCAAAGAGCGAGGAGGAGAACAUCGCCAACAGCUACUUCAAGACGUUCAACAAGUCGUCGGUCGUCAACAAGUACAAAGGAGAUGUGCAGCGGAAAAUCGACUCUCGCUCCUACUUCCCGAAGCGGUUCAACAACGUGCCACAAGCCUUGGUGAGCGGCGUCAUCUACACGGACGACCUGUUCGGCCGUUCGGGCAGUGCUGGCAAGCGGCCAGCCCGGCUCGAAGCGAUCAAA